UGGACAUCACUCUUCGCGUGCCUCAAAAGGCUGAUAGUGGCUCUCCAAGAGGCGUCCUCUUUGAGGGCCCAUAAAGAAUGCUGACGUCGCGUAUACCCCCUGGAGCCGAUUCGAAAGGCGAAGCAGCGUACAAACAGCGCAUGAUUAUUUGCAGCAAAGACGGCUCGAAAACUGCGACUAUCUUGCAUACCGUGAAUCCCGCUACUCCAGUUCCCACGAGUACUACACCGCCUCAGGCGCAGUCACAUCAAAUGCCAUUACCAGCCGGAGCACGUCCUGCGCAUGAUCAAGCCGCAUCCGUCGGAAGGCGCAAAAAGGUAUGCAGAUGAAGGGAGUCCUUCGAAUAGCAGGUCAACACUGGUUUACACAUGUUGGCUUAAGCAGGGAAAGAAAGGCUCGAAAGGACCUGGUCAUUCCCCAAGCCAUCACACGCACCAACAUGCGACGUCGAACGGCGCGACCCCGCAGGGACAUGUGGACGAUGAGGAGCUUGACGAUGGAUACGUGGACGAAGAGGUUUACCACGCGCGCGGACGGGGCCAGAACCGCGACCAUACCGCAUCCCACCAACAGUCACUGUCUCCUGGAGACGAACCCUUGACGGACGAUGACGAGACAAGCCCAGCUUAUCAGCCACGGAAUAACUCCGAAGGGAAAAAGAAGAAAAAGAAGAAACGAGGGUCCACUGCUGGUCAUAGCCAUCAGCAUGCCGACAUCUGGUACAAAUCAGAUGCGGAGGAGAAGCAGCGCAUCAGGGAGUUCUGGCUCCAGUUGGGUGAAGAGGAGCGGAGGGCGUUGGUCAAGCUUGAGAAGGAAGCAGUGCUGAAAAAGAUGAAGGAGCAGCAAAAGCAGACAUGCUCGUGUUCUGUCUGUGGGAGGAAAAGAACUGUUAUUGAAGAGGAACUGGAGAUUCUCUAUGAUGCUUACUACGAGGAGCUCGAGCAUUUCGCGAACGACCAAGAUGGAACGCCACGGCCUAUUGCUGUGCCAGCAAUAAGGGCGGCGCCCCCACUUCAUAAUGGACGGCAUACUCACCCGGUGCCAGAACCGAUAUAUGAUGAUGACGAGGAGGACGACGACGAGGAAGACGAUGAUGACGAUGAGUACGAUCACGAUCCAUCCGAAAGCAUCUUCGAAUUUGGAAGUAGUCUGACAGUCAAAGGCGGGAUUUUGACGGUUGCUGACGACUUUCUGAAAAAUGACGGUCGCAAAUUUCUCGAUCUCAUGGAACAACUAGCGGAACGGAAAAUUCGCCAGCUGGACGAUGAGAUGGAUCGGAAUGGUGAUGGAGGACAGGAAUAUGAUGACGGUGAAUACGAUGACGAAGAGUAUGACGAGGAGGAAGAGGAGGACACGCUCACCGAGGAGCAGCGGAUGGAAGAAGGCAGGCGAAUGUUCCAAAUAUUUGCUGCGAAAAUGUUUGAGCAACGAGUACUUCAAGCGUAUCGCGAGAAGGUCGCACAGGAGCGACAAAUGCAUCUGCUGGCCGAGUUGGAGAAAGAAAAGGAGCUGCAGGCGCUUCGCGAGCUGACUCGGCAAAAGAACAAGGAGAAGAAGCGACAGCAGAAAAAAGCACAAAAGCAGCAAAAGGAAGAAGAGCAGCUAGCGCUGGAGAAGAAGAAACAGGAAGAAGAAGAGCGGCUUCGGGCGGAGAAGGAGGCAAAGCAAGAAGCUGAGCGGCUGAAGCGCGAAGCUGAAAAGCAAAAACGUGAGGAAGAGAAGGCACGUCGAGAGGAGGAAGAACGGAAAAAGCGAGAAGCCGAAAAGCUCCGGAAAGAGGAAGAGAAACGGAAGCAACGCGAAGCUGAAGAGCGGAAGAAGCGAGAGAAGGAAGAGCGCGAACGUCUUGAGCGGGAAAAACGGGAACGUGAAGACCGCGAGAAGAAAGAGCGAGAAGACAAGGAACGGAAGGAAAGAGAGAAGAGAGAGCAGGAAGAACGCGAACAGCGCGAUCGGGAAGAGAAGGAGCGACGCGAUCAGGAGGACCGCGCACGUGCCGAGAAACAACGACAAGAAGCGCAGCUACGACAUCAGCAGGCUAAGAGUGCAAAGUCGCCUCCUGGAAAAGCUGCAGCUGUGUCAGGACCACAAUUCAAGGGGCAUUCAUCGCCGUCGAAUCAACCUCACUCAACCCGUUCGACUCUCGGUGGCCGUGCGCCGGCGUUGGCAGUUCGGCCUGGGUCCAAGCCUCAAUUCUCUUCGGGCGCACCGGGCUCGCAGAUACAGCGGCCUCCAUCCGCUUCUGGUCCGCUCUCAAAUGCACCUACCAGUCCGCCGCCGCAUCCGACAAAUUCCGUGCCGAGCCAAGCUGGCCGCUCAGGCCAGACUGUAACCGCGGCCCCUCACCCCAAUUCGCUGUCUCCUCAUGGACAACAUCCGGGUCAGCCAAGCAACAACCGUCAUCCGAUGGCAUUUGGAGUCCCAGGGCAGCGACCAGGGCCGAUGUUUGGGCAGCCUCCCCUCCAUAGCGCUAUGCUCCAUGGACAGCCGCUUCCUCAUUAUCUACCAGGUCCUCCCGCACAUCAGCAACCCAAUGCAAUACCCCCUCCACCCUCAAGUAGUUCUAUGCUCGGUGACGCUCAAAGCCCACCGGACUUGUUUGCCAAUGCAUCAUUCCCCGCCAUCGGUUGGGGCGCACCCGAACAAGCGCCGCUCCCUCUAGGGUACCAUCCUGGCCAAGCACAAUCUGGCGGCGUCUCACAAGCACAUUCUGUCCGGCAUCUACAGUCAGACAAUGCAGUGCAACCCAUAGGUGGGAACAAGCCGAUCUCGCGGCCAGCUCCUAUCCGACGCCCGUCAGCGGUCCCGUCCCAAGGAUUGGAGAAUUUCGCGCGGAUGGGUGUCAGGGACGAUGACGAAGGUGUAGCUGGGAGUGCAGCCCUCGGUGGGGAGGUCCUGAACGACGACGAGCGGAUCACGGGUGGCUCGGCAUGGCGCCGACCGUCUGUGCCAUCCAACGGAAUGUCGGGUCCACCAGCUGUCGCAAUGUCCAUACCUCCGGGAUCUAUGGGAGCGCAACAUCCGCUGGACGUCUUUGGCGCGGGGACUCCCCCAAAUGUUGGUGCAGCGAACAACGCUCUUCGAAUGUUUGACGGGUUUUCGCCGUUUGGUGGGACGUGGACCGUGACGGAGCCCAUGGGGACGCAGAGUACCUUCACUGAGCCUGGAAGACACAGGACCGGGACAAGCCCAAAUCUUACGGCGUUCUCGCCUCCUCCAGGCGGCAGAUCACCCGGACUUGAAGCGUCCUCUGCAAGCCAUCUGUUGGCACCUGGGUUCUUUCCCCUUGGAUACAUGGGCCCUACAUCCACACCCCCACCCACUGGCGGAGGUAACAUUCCCGUUCCAUUGAACUCACCAGCAGGACCGAUUGGAGCGGCCCCGGGUUCUGGGCGGCCUCAAAACUUUGGAGGUCAGGCGCAACCACAGGGGUCUCAACAAAAGAUUCAACAGCAGCAACCACAGCGCAUGUGGUAAUCCUGUUAGCGGUCACCAGUGACGGCUCUUGUCGGAGUGGUUCACACCGUUUUGGCGGG